UGACAAUUGACGCAUAUCAUGUGAUCUCCGGUAAUCUCCGUUGUGACUAGCUAAUUUUUCUUAGAAUUUGUUUCAGAGUAGGGAGAGUUUGUUCUAAUCUUGAAAAACAAAAUUAGUGCUUUGUUUUGUUCGUUCAAAACGCAUUAAGAUGAUUGAAUACAAAGCAUUUUUGCGAAAUUAUUCUCGUUAUUUAAUGAUUAUUUUCAAUUUAUUUUUUGUGGUUACCGGUAUAAUAAUUAUAUCUGUUGGAAUCAGUGCAAAGGCCUAUUACAAUGAGUUUGAUCACCUACUAAAUAAUAACUACUUUUAUGUUUCUGACCUGCUGAUUGUCAUUGGUAUUAUCAUAUUUUUUAUCGCCUUUUUUGGAUGUUAUGGUGCAAUGAAAGAAAAUGCUUGCAUGACAACUACGUUUUCCACUUUGCUAAUCGUAAUUUUCAUCAUGGAAGCUGUUGUUGGCUUUGGAUCAAUAUUGUUAAAAAGCAAAACUGAAGAUUUUAUAGCUCAUAGUCUUGAUGAGACCCUGAACUUUUACAAUAACUCUAAUUACACUGAAGUAACAGCAACUUGGGAUGCUGUACAAUCUCAGCUCAAGUGUUGUGGAGUGAUGAACUACACCGAUUGGGUCAACUCAAACUCAACUAAUAAAAAAAUUCCGAUAUCAUGUUGCUCAAUUCCUACUGGAUCAACAGAUAUAUUUAAAUGCCAAAACAAUUCUCCUAAUUUGUAUAAAGAAGGUUGCCUCGAAAAAUUCGGUGAUUACAUCAGGGACAAUACUUCAAGCAUAGAAAUUGUGGGCAUCACACUUGCCUUAAUUCAGCUUCUUGGUAUAAUCCUGUCAUGCUAUUUAUCAAGACAAAUCAGAAACGACUAUGAAACUGUGUAAGCCGAUAAAGCAACAGAUUCACCCUUUUUCCAAUUUCUCUUAAAGUAUACAAUUAACCAAAGUUAGUACAUGCAUAUACAAUAUCAUAAAAGUUUUCAGAAAUAUUGUUAGGUUAUUUAUUAUUUGCAAAAAUUGUGAUUUUCAAAAUUUUUGAUAGUUAGGAGGUAGAAUAAGUGAUUUGUAUUUUGAAAUAUAUAUUAAUUAAAGUGUGUUCACCUUAUAUAAAA